ACGUUCAUCUCAAAUUACAGUGUCAUUGUUCCGGUUUCGUCUGAAAGAAUCUCGUCCGCCAAAGUUACACGCUCACAAACUAUCAAAAUGAGGGAGAUUGUGCAUUUGCAAGCUGGACAGUGCGGAAAUCAGAUUGGUGCCAAGUUCUGGGAGGUGAUCAGUGAUGAGCAUGGUAUUGACCCAACUGGCAGUUACCAUGGCGACAGUGAUCUCCAGUUGGACAGGAUCAAUGUCUACUACAAUGAAGCCAGUGGUGGAAAGUAUGUUCCCCGUGCUGUGCUUGUGGACCUGGAACCUGGAACAAUGGACUCUGUAAGGUCUGGUCCAUUUGGCCAAAUCUUCAGACCAGAUAACUUCGUAUUCGGUCAAAGCGGUGCUGGCAACAACUGGGCUAAGGGCCAUUACACAGAAGGAGCAGAACUUGUGGACUCAGUUCUUGAUGUGGUCAGGAAGGAGGCCGAGAGCUGCGACUGCCUGCAGGGCUUCCAGCUCACACAUUCCCUGGGUGGUGGUACUGGCUCUGGCAUGGGUACCCUGCUCAUCAGCAAGAUCCGCGAGGAGUACCCCGACCGCAUCAUGAACACCUUCAGUGUGGUGCCUUCCCCCAAGGUGUCCGACACUGUGGUAGAGCCCUACAACGCCACACUGUCCGUUCACCAGUUGGUUGAAAACACAGACGAAACCUACUGUAUUGACAAUGAAGCACUAUACGAUAUCUGUUUCCGCACCCUUAAACUGACCACACCUACAUAUGGUGACCUCAACCACCUUGUCUCUGCAACCAUGAGUGGAGUCACCACUUGCCUGCGCUUCCCUGGUCAGCUUAAUGCAGAUCUCCGCAAACUCGCCGUCAACAUGGUGCCCUUCCCACGUCUGCACUUCUUCAUGCCUGGAUUCGCACCCCUUACAAGCAGAGGCAGCCAGCAGUACAGAGCCCUCACUGUACCAGAGCUCACCCAGCAGAUGUUCGAUGCCAAGAACAUGAUGGCUGCCUGUGACCCACGUCAUGGCCGCUACCUCACAGUGGCUGCAGUCUUCCGUGGACGCAUGUCCAUGAAAGAGGUGGAUGAGCAGAUGCUCAAUGUCCAGAACAAGAACAGCAGCUACUUCGUGGAAUGGAUCCCCAACAACGUGAAGACCGCCGUCUGUGACAUCCCACCCAGGGGACUCAAGAUGGCCGCCACCUUCAUCGGCAACAGCACAGCCAUCCAGGAGCUGUUCAAGCGCAUCUCCGAGCAGUUCACUGCCAUGUUCAGGCGCAAGGCUUUCUUGCAUUGGUACACAGGAGAGGGCAUGGAUGAGAUGGAAUUCACAGAAGCUGAGAGCAACAUGAAUGACCUGGUGUCCGAGUACCAGCAGUACCAGGACGCCACAGCUGAGGAGGAGGGCGAAUUUGAGGAGGAGGGAGAAGAGGAGCUUGCUUAAGUUGUCUUGUCAUUUUCCAUGUUUCCCUUAUUCCAUCUUUGUGUUUUUUUUCCUAAUUUCUAACUUCACGUUUUGUCACUGACUACCUUCCGGUGUACCACCUGUGUUAAUGUCAAUAAAAAAAAAAGAAAAUCCAAA